AUGGGCAAGAAGAAGCAAGUUCGCAAAUUCGGCCAAGUCAAACGCAUGCUCAACCCGAAAGAUGAUCGAUUGAAAGCCAACUCUACGGUGCAAACAGCGGCGAAAAAAGCGUCGUCGUCUUCAUCCACAAUCACACCAGACGGAACGGUGGUUCGUCACAUUUCCACACCAGCCUCAUCGAUGUUUUUCGAACACAACACGCAAUUAGGACCUCCGUAUAGAGUAUUGGUGGAUACCAACUUUAUCAACUUUGCGCUACAGAACAAGAUCGAACUGGUACAAGGAAUGAUGGACUGCUUGUACGCAAAGAGCAUUCCCUGCAUCACAAGCUGUGUAAUCAGCGAACUGGAAAAGCUCGGUCCCAAGUAUCGAAUAGCUCUCAGAGUCGCGCGAGAUCCACGCUUCGAAAGACUCGAAUGCAGUCACAAGGGUACAUACGCCGACGACUGCAUCAUCGAAAGAAUCACAAGUCACAAAUGCUACAUUGUAGCCACAUGCGAUAGAGAGUUGAGAAGGAGAGUCAGAAAAGUCCCCGGUAUCCCACUCAUGUACAUCGCAAGUAGACAGUUCCGAAUCGAGCGACUCCCUGAUCAAGGUAUGGCCCAAUAA